AUGAAGUGCACCUCGUGCGUUAGUAGCCGGCCGAAAAGUGACGACGAAGAAGCUAGUCCUCCUCCGCCGACCAUGGAUAAAAGUCGAGCCGACGAAGAGUAUCGGGUGGACUCGCCACCCCCAAUUCCGGAACGGCCCUCACGCAUUCAACCAACAUUGGUAACAAUCGUCGAAGUCCCACCGGAUUCCGAAGGUGAAAGCAGUCGAACUUUGGACACGGAAAAUCAACCCAUUUCCGGUCCUAGCAGCAGUACGCAGCAUCUCCUUCGUCCCUUGGAUAUCAUCACCGAAGAAACCAGCGACGUGAGUGAUUCGGAAAACCGACCUCCCCCACCCAAACCGGAUCUGUGCUUCCCUCGGCCAAAAGCUCGCUUCAACAAAGCCAAAUCGAGAAACUUUCUCAAAAGCCUCCUUCAAGGCAAACAGGAACCGACGACCUGCGUCCUGGUGGACGCCAAAAUCGCCGAAGCCUGCCCGGAAGAGUAUCGCAGCGUCUGUACCACCGAAGUCGUCCCGGAGGAAAUUCUCGAAGUGGAAAUCAUCGAUCUCGGUUCGAACUCGAGCAGCCUGGCCGAUCUGACGGCAAACGACGUGGAUGACCUUGAUCAGCCGUGCAAAGAUGCCGCAGAGCGUGACAGCAGCGACGGCGACGGCGGUCGUGACGACGACGAUAAGAUAAACAACAACAGCAACGCUGACCGACAACAGCAAGAGCACGGGCGCAGUGACGUGCAUGACGCCGAUAAAAACAGCACACCGCUGCCGCUGCCGCAGGAUGAUAAUGGCAAUGAUACUGCAUCGAUCGUCUCCCAAGGCGAGAAAUCCCCUUCGGGGAUGGCGCCACCAAAUUUCCCCCUUCAAAAAGAAAGCGAAGAAGCACUCAGCGAAGAGGAUAACAACGGCUACGUGAGUGAAACAAGCAAAUGUUCCACGCAGCCGCCGUCGGCGGCAAACGCAUCGGCUACGCAAAACACUGAUGAUGAUGAUGCGGAUGAUGAUGAUGACUGUGGAAAUCAUGAAGAUGCUGAUGACGAUGACGAUCUGGUCGGCGAGAAUGCCGAGAACGAUCGCACGGAGUCGGAUCGUGACGAUGCCGAUGAUGCUGGCCGGAACAGUCUACUCGCGGGUGUCGAUCGUGUUCGUGGCAUCGAGACGCCGUCGCCGCCGCCGAAGCAGAAUGUCACCGAGGUGAAAGGUUAUUCCGACGUCGACGACACGAGUACGAGUUCAAUCGAGUGUUGUGUGACUCAUCCCGACCGACAAAGCGGCAAGGUCCAACAAUCCGUGGUGUCCGACAAUAUGGUGGAACAAGAAAUCGAAGAAGUAUCGCGGCGACCUUCGGCACCGAUUCCGUUGCCACCGCCACCUGCUGCUGCUGCUGCUGGUGCUAUGCGAACAGCUCAGCCGCCGCCGGUCCCGGUCCAAUCGCAAACUGCAGUGACUAAUCUAGGUCGGGAAGUGCACGAAGGCCUACCGCCGCCGUCGCGUGAAAAUGCUCAAAUUUAUAGUGGCAGUGAUACUGGUGAAGCUGAUCCUGCAAAUGCUGAUCAGAAUAGUGCGGAAGAUAGUGUCGAUGCAAUAGUGACUGCGAAUGAAUCAAGUGUUCUUUUGAAAAUUUUGAAAGAUCAGCCGCCACCGUCUGCUGCGGAGGCCAGUGUGGAAAAUCGUCCCACUUUCAGCGAGCAAAAGCUGCCAGCAGCAGCGGCCGAAAUUCACAGUCACAGUAGUGCGGUGGGGACCAAAAUAGAACGCGCGGUAAAAAGUGAACAGUUGAAUUAUGAAAUCGUUCAAGAUCAUCGCGUGCUGAGGGAAGAGACCAUUCGUACCACCACCAGUAGCAGCAGCAACAGCGGCGCCGGAGGCGCAAGCGAGGUGGUUUUACGACGUAGGGAAAACCGUACGAACGAAUCCACGGCCGGUAAAGAACCGUCACCGGAACAGAAGGCGGCACUGGUGCAUGACCUGCGUAACGAAAUCAGCCGCAUUAAGGACGCCGAGCUGCAGGAAGAAUUUCGCAAACUCGAACUCGAGGCGGCCCGGAUCGAGCAGGAACUGAACAACAUGACCGUGAUUCCGCCAUCAACCGGACCGAACUCGGACAACCUCACCUAUUACGUUUCCAAACAGAACGACUUUGCCGUGGAGCGACCUGCUCCGGCUCGACCAAAACCACCUGCCAUCAUCAACACGACCAACUCCUCCAACGACCAACUGUACAACGAGUGGCAGCAGCGCAUGGAAGAACGAGAAACCAGGCGCCUACAUAAAAUCAUCAAAAUAUCCAAAUCAAACGAAGAAACCAACAACGGUAAAGAGCCCAUUGCUCUUCCGCCACCGGUAGGUGGUGGCAGCGGCGGAGCCGCCCCCGACGAUCCCGAUCAGCUCGGUGAUGAAUUCAUCCGCAAAGUAAAGGAGCGCCGGCGAAAGUUCACGAUCCCCGGCGGAGCCGGGGACAGCGACUACGACAGCAGUGCCCCGAACAGCGUGCCGGGAACUCCGCUAGCCGGUCGGAAACCGAUUCCGAAACACAUCGAGGCGGAGUUUGCUGAAUUUGCGGAAAUUCGUCGUCGCCAGCAGCAAGAGGAGGAGCAACCGAAACCGCAGCAGCAGCAGCAACAACCAAAGGCCGUUGAGAGUCAUCAGCCACGGACGCGUCCGAACGUAAAUCAAGCGCAAUUUUCCCGCCCACAACAACAACAACAACAACAGUUUCAGCAGCAACAAUAUCAACCACCGCAGUUAGUGCGAGCGGAAAGUGCCACUGACCGUGCCACCAGCAGCGAUAACGGCGAAAAUGUCAAAGUGAGUGCACUGAUCGAAGUUCACCAGCAGAAGCAGCGGGAACUGUUGCGACAGGACAGUUACAAGGCGGCCGUCGGUCGCAGUGCAGCUAGUUCGGUGGAAAAUCUGUCCCCGGAAAUCGAAACAGACUCCGCUCCGGUUAGUGUCAGUGCGAAGUGUCAAGAGUUUGAACGUAGGCUUCAGCAUAGCGCUAGUAGCGAAGCAACGCGUAAACCUAUCAAAGCACCAUCCCCAGCAUCCAGCUUGACCGCUAUAAGUGUUGCCAGCAGUGCGUCCGCUGCUAACAACAGUGGAACCGCUUCCAUCAUUGCGCCGCCUCCUCCACCACCGUCGUCGUCAGCGUUGUCAUCGUCGAAAGCAGCCUCCACCACCAAUCGCAUCGGUAGCUAUUCUGAUCUUGAGUGUAGUGAUGAACGUGACCGUGAAACUGUCGUGAUGGUGACCCAUAACGCUGAUAACACUAGUAACACCAAUAACACCAUACUGCUGACCGAUAACAAUAACAGUCGGAGUAGCUUUUCCGAAGCUGGCCUGCUGCAUGAGAUUGAUCGGGCGCUAGUGCUUGCUAAAGAUUUCUUGUUUACCAGGGGCGUCUGGUCACCGCACAACCGCUCCACCGAAAUUCUCACCAAAGCAGAACUAGCCGAGCGAAGCAAAGAUAACAGCAGCCGCUCGGAACCGCUGCAACCCGUCUGGACUCCUCGCAGUGCCCCACCAUCUCCGGUCGGCGAACGGCGUGAAUUUCGUCCGAUUGGAUACGAAUCUCCCACUCCGCAGCGUAGAAACCUUUCGAGCGCCACUCCGACAUCCCGAGCCGAAACACCGCAGGUUUCACCGCCGUGGACCAACACCCCGGGCUACGAUAAACCCGUCGAAUUCACCAGCAAUCCUCCGGACGAUUCAUCACGAAGGCAACUUCAAAACUCCAACUCACUGCCCACUAUCGGAACGCGUGACGGUAGUAUCUUCGGCGCCCCAACGCACCACCACUCGGUUCGGUUCGCAGCCCCACCGGCCAGUCCCACCAUCAACACGCUGCUCAAGUCCAAAGAACCCAGAAAAAAAGCAACAACAUUCUAUGUGUGA